CGAAAGACCAGGCUGCAGAGAGAAGCAGCAGGAAUCCCAGCGCCAGUGUGUGUGUCUGUGUCUCUGGAACGUUGUCAUAGCAUCCUCCUUCCUGGACCAGCUCCCGCCACGGGCUUCACAUCUUCCUCGGCUAAAGCAGAUGAAGUCAUCGGAUAUUGACCAGGAAUUAUUCACGGAAAGCUACUGCAAAGUGUGCAGCGCUCAGCUAAUAUCGGAAUCUCAGCGCGUGGCUCAUUAUGAGAGCCGGAAGCAUGCGAGCAAAGUUCGACUUUACUAUAUGCUCCAUCCACUAGACGGAGGCUGCCCUGCAAAGAAACUACGGUCAGAAAAUGGCAGCGAUGACGAUUCGGUGGAUAAGAACAAAUGCUGCACGCUCUGUAACAUGUCCUUUACUUCGGCAGUCGUGGCUGAGUCACACUAUCAAGGGAAAAUCCACGCCAAAAGAUUAAAACUGUUGCUAGGAGAGCAGCCAGGUUUAAAGGCCACAGAGACCAACCUGAGUUCCCUAAAGCAGCCACAUGUGGAUAGCUCUCCAGUGGUGUCUCCGUCCCAUCAGAGGAGAGACUCCGACAGGUACUGUCAGCUCUGCGCGGCUUGGUUCAAUAACCCCAUGAUGGCGCAGCAACACUACGAUGGGAAAAAGCACAAAAAGAACGCAGCCAGGGCUGAUUUACUAGAGCAACUAGGGAAGACGCUGGACCUAGGAGAGUUAAGAGGUCUGAAGCGGAGCUAUACUUGUAACAUCUGUAACGUCACUCUAAACUCAAUAGAACAGUAUCACGCACACCUGAAGGGCUCCAAACAUCAGACGAACCUGAAGAACCAGUGAAUGGACAUCCAAGACAGUGAGAAUCAACUGUCUAUUUCUUCUACAACGAAGAACCCUUGGCCUAUGGAAUAGGAUGCUUUCUUGGACUAUGAGCAUUUCCUGUGUGGCGUCAUUAAUGUAUAGCUAAUCUUUGCUUUGGGCAAUGAAUGGAUUUUGCUUUUAUUUUUAUUUUGUGGUGAGUAACAAGAUUAAGAUGGAUUUUUUUACCCUUUGGAGAUAGAAUCUAUAUAUUCGACAUAAAAUCAAGAGUAUGUUUAAAAAUGUAAGAUAUAUCGUCCAUCUUCAGAGACCAUUGGAAUAAAAUAUUUUUUCUUUUUUCAUAUUUAUUCUUAGAUUUCUUCAGAGAGUAUAAGAUCCUAUUAAAUUAUCCAUGAUUGUGAUGUAAGUAACCAGUCUUCAGCAAGAAAUAAACAUAAUAU